AUGUCCUCUCAACCUAGAUCAUCCCGAGACGGUGACGGCGAUGACAACGAUCAAGAAAAAGGCCCAACGUUAAGCCUGGCCACCCACGAACAACCGAGCUACGCUCAACGACCAGAAUGUUUUACCUCGACUCUUCAGGAAUGUUUGUUCGUACUCACAGCUACCAUGGCAAUUGGACAGCAGUCGUUCUUCCAAGGUUGUAUAGUGGGUGUGACGGCGUCUAUUGGAGCUGAUCUAAAUAUGAACUCGGCAGAGAUCACUUGGAUUAAUGCCGGUGCUUCUCUCAGCAGUGGUGCUUUCCUGCUGACAUUCGGCAAACUCGCCGACAUGUUUGGCCGCAAAGCGCUGUUCAUCAUCGGCAUGGCAGGCUUCACCCUCUCCUUACUAGUGGCCGGUUUCGCAACAAACGCCAUCUAUAUGGACGUAUUCUCCGGUGUUCUUGGCCUAUUCGCAGCCGCAGUCGUACCACCAGCCGUGGGCGCUUUAGGCGCCGUCUAUGAAAAACCAUCCAAGCGGAAGAAUCGCGCCUUUGCGUGUUUCAGUGCGGGAAACCCGCUUGGUUUUGUCGGAGGAAUGAUCAUCUCCGGGGUUGCAUCCCACGUGUAUAACUGGAGGGCAUCAUUCUGGGCAUUGGCUGUUGUUUAUGCCAUUUUCACGGUGUUGACGGUGUGGACAGUGCCGGCGGAUACGUUUGCGCGGACGCCCGUGACUAUGAGCGCUCUUCGGCAAUUUGAUCUGUUAGGCACGGCGCUGGUGAUUGUCGGAUUUGCUUUUUUCUCGAGUUCACUCACAUUGGCUGGUGAUGCGCCGCAAGGCUGGAAGACAGGUUACGUGCUCGCUCUUCUCAUUGUGGGUAUUAUUCUGCUUGCUGGAUUUCUCUACUGGCAAUCAGUUGCCGAACAUGCCUUGAUGCCAUUGUGGGUUUGGAAAGAUCGCAAUUUCUCCUUGCUUAUGGCCAACUUCUGCCUCGGCUUCAUGGGGUUCUCUGCCGUCACUUUUUUUCUAUCGCUUUAUUUACAAGAGAUCAAGCACCUCUCAGCUCUCGACAUCACAGUGCGCCUGCUCCCCAUGGUUGUCAGUGGCGUUCUCGUCAACGUGGUUUGCGGCUUGGUUCUCCAUCGAGUCAGCAACACGCUCCUCGUCGGAGUCGGCUCACUUGCCUACUUGGCAUCAUUCUUGAUCCUGAGUUUCAUGAAACAAGAGGCGAUCUACUGGGCCUACGUCUUUCCGGCCCUAGUCCUCGUUGUCGUUGGUGCUGAUAUCUCAUUCAAUGUGACCAAUAUGUACGUGAUGUCAUCACUGCCACCCAGCCAACAAUCUAUCGCUGGUGGCAUCUUCAACACCGUCAGUAAACUGUGCAACAAUCUGGGUCUCGGUAUCGCCACAUCCAUCAGUAGUUCUAUGACAAGCCAGAUGGCUUCGUCUGGUUCGAAUAUUCGACCUUAUUUGGCCGUGUACUGGUUUGGCGCUGCCUGUGCCGGUCUUUCGGUUGUGAUUGUUCCAUUCUUGACGCUUGGUACCCAGGGGGGUGAUGCAGUUUCGGGAAAUGGGCCCACAGUGGUAGCCCCUGAUGUUGAAGGCACGACUAAGAAGGUUCCUGGCAUUGGGGAGGCUGUGGAAUCUAGUGGGGAGGCGAAAGACCUUGAAAAAUUAUAG